UAACUGCUGCAGACGCCACUAGGUCCCUACAGUCGCAGAUCAGCGGGGGAGCGUUCAGUAAAACUCUAGAGCGCGUGAGAGCAGCAUCUGAAUCAGCGUUCGUCUGUGCGUCUGAGCCAGAAUGGGCUGUAAUCCAUAACGCUAAAAAUAUUACUUAGCUGGCUCUGUCCUUCGGUAGUGGCUUUGUCCAUGGCGUUCUUGCAGAGGACUGGAGACUACUGCCACGCUCAACAUCUGCACGUCUAAACACGGGGAGAAAACAGACCUACGCCGAUCUCUGGAUGCACUGAGUUGCUCUUUCCUUUACCGCCUGUGGUCCUGCCACCCUAAACUCCUCGCAAAUCUAAUGGGGUGAUCUUACCUCUCUGGCUACGGUAAGCCAUUAUAGAGAUGAUAUAAGAGAUCUGGGACUUUGAACAUCGAGGAGUCUUGCAGUGUUUUAGAGCUCAAGAGACUGAACAAAACCGCAAAGAGUGUCCGUCGGGUGAAUUUGCUUGCGAACGAUUUGGAGGAAGCACAAUGGCUCGGAUGAACCGGCCGGCUCCCGUGGAGGUGUGCUACAAGAACAUGAGGUUCUUAAUCACGCACAACCCAACGAACUCCACUCUGAGCAGCUUCAUAGAGGAUCUUAAGAAGUAUGGUGCCACGACGGUGGUCAGAGUUUGUGAGAUAACCUAUGACAAAACUCCACUGGAGAAGGAUGGGAUCACAGUUGUGGACUGGCCAUUUGAUGACGGCGCUCCUCCUCCGUCUAAGGUCGUGGAGGACUGGCUGAGUCUCCUGAAGAGACGUUUCAUGGAAGAACCCGGCUGCUGCGUGGCUGUGCACUGCGUGGCCGGUUUAGGAAGAGCUCCAGUACUCGUGGCCGUGGCACUGAUUGAAAGUGGGAUGAAGUAUGAAGAUGCCAUUCAGUUCAUCAGACAGAAGCGCAGGGGUGCAAUAAACAGCAAGCAGCUGACGUAUCUAGAGAAAUAUCGUCCCAAACAGAGACUACGCUACAAACACCCGCACAUUUUCAAGAACAAGUGCUGCAUCAUGUGACUGCACCCUCACCCUGCUGUUCUGAACCGAGCUGAACCUGACGGACUGGGCCACAAUGGAUGCACUUUGCUGAUUUGCUAUUAAAAUACGAACCGAUUCGGUCUGGAUGAGAACCCCACUGGUGCCUAAAAUCCUCCUCACUCUGAUUGUGGUGUGGAUACUGCCAUGGCUUUUCUGAGACUUGCGGCUCGGAGGUCGAAGGCGACCUCUGACCUUUGACCCUGCACCAGGACCGACACCCUAAUCAUGCCUCAAAUGAUUGUCUGAAAGAGCCAGGCGGCGUGAUAAUGUGAAUCGUGGACAAAAUUUGAGCUCUUUCUCACUGUCUCUACUACUUGUUUUUCUUUCUACCGCUUUCCUGCUCUGUCCGGCCAGGAGUUUGAUUUUUAGACGACUGCGGUUCCUUUAACACUUUCAGUUUUCAGCACAAGUCUUUUUACUGGUGACCUUUCCCAUGUUGCUUUUAUGUUUUGUGAGCAAAUUGGACUAAUGAAGGGCUCAUGUGAAAGAUAUUUGUAUUCGGGUGAGUGCCAGACACUAAACGGUUUCUGAAAGCUACAUGAAGGCCUGCGUCUGUGUAGGCUGAUGAAUUUAACAACGAUAAUGCUUAUUAUGCGUGUUUAUGUGCUUAACAUCAAACCUUGUGUUUGCUGAAAUAAUUUUAAUAUGUAAAGGACUGCAGGGCUCCCUGGAGGUGAUCUAUCUACGAUACUUGUCCAUUCAGGUCAACAGAGAUCAGAUGGUGAAAAAAAUGGCCCUAUAUAUGAACGAGUUAUGAGACGAGACUGUGGUUUUAAGUUGUUUUUGUCUGUUUUUUAAGAACACACCUCCAGCUGCAUAAUACAAAUAAAGGCUGUUGCAAUCAUGAA